AUGGAGCCAGAUACUGAUCAUAUGCAUGAUGACGUGCAGAUGCUACUCGCAAAGAGGUUGAUGGGAAAAGUUGCAGUCAUAACUGGCGGUGCAAGAGGAAUUGGAGCUGCCACAGCAAAAGUGUUUGCGCAAAAUGGGGCAUAUGUUGUAAUUGCGGACAUUCUGGACGAGCUGGGGGAGACAUUGGCAGAUUCAAUAGGAGGUCGGUACAUACACUGUGAUGUGACAAAGGAAGCAGAGGUGGCAUCAGCCAUCCAGGUUGCACUGAGUUGGAAAGGCAGUCUAGACAUAAUGUUCAACAAUGCAGGCAUUGCUGGACCUGGUGGAAGCAUCACCAAUCUUAACAUGGAGCAAGUGAAGUGUCUAGUCUCGGUUAAUGUGCAUGGAAUUCUACAUGGAAUGAAAUAUGCUGCACAAGCCAUGAUCAAAGGCCGAAAAGGGGGUAGCAUCAUUUGCACGUCAAGCUCGGCAGCCAUCAUGGGAGGGCUGGGAGGACACGCCUACACAUUGUCAAAAGAGGCAAUCAUUGGAAUAAUGAGAAGUACCGCAUGUGAGUUGGGGGUGCAUGGAAUUCGUGUCAACUGCAUUUCUCCACACGGGGUUCCUUCAGAGAUGCUUGUCAAUGCCUACAGACAUUUCCUUGGGAGAAUGGAUACGAAGCCUGAAGAUGUUUGUAGGAUUGUAGGUGAGAGUGGGAGUUUAUUGCGUGGGAGAGCUGCAAGCACAGAAGAUGUGGCUCAAGCUGCGCUUUUCCUUGCUAGUGGAGAUGCUGGAUUCAUAACAGCACACAAUCUUGUUCUUGAUGGGGGAUAUACUUCUGGUAUCAGUACCAUGAGUUUCAUCUACCAAUGCAAAGAAAAAGGAAAACACAAAUAG